AUGGAGAACACGACGGAAAUUUUCGCGCCAACGGAGAAGCCCAAGUAUUUCGCCGUAAAAGCUGUUUUUAUUUUAAGGAUAGGCGAAUGUUUAUUGUGCCCAAUCCUGCUGGCUUUUGUCAUUGUUUAUGUUCGGAUUCUCAAGUCAAAAAUGUUUUGCCAUCCAAAUCUCCGUUUCUUGUUAAUCAUUCAACCGAUUCUUCAUUGGACAGUGAUUCUCAUAAAUGUCAUCUACAACAUUCUUCAAAUGUACAAUUUUGAGCUGAGUGAGACGAUCGAGGAUGUUUUCAGCAAUUUAUCCGAUUGUUUUCUAAUCCAAGCCACGACGAUCAUGUUGCCGAUCUCGAUCGAGCGCUUGUACGCGACGCUGUACCCCGAAAAAUACGAUCACAUUCAUCAAGAAUUUCCGAUUCUUGGAAUCUUUCUAAUCCAAGCCACGACGAUCAUGUUGCCGAUCUCGAUCGAGCGCUUGUAUGCGACGCUGUACCCCGAAAAAUACGAUCACAUUCAUCAAGAAUUUCCGAUUCUCGGAAUCUGUUUGUAUAUUUUGAUUGCUUUAAUCGCUUUCAUUUUGUGUGCUCUCAGAGAUUUACACAUUACUGUCGCUGAGCACAGCUAUUUGGUGAUUUUAAUUCUUUUCACUCUAGCUGCUAUAUUUUUCCUUGUCCUACCGUAUACCUCGAGGCGAUUGUUCAAAGAAACAGUGAAAAUGAGAGACUGUACAGUUUCGGCAAGAUAUCAAACAGCAGAAAAUCUUCGCUCAGCACAUCUCCUUAAAUACAUUUCUGCCUGGAAAACCGUGAUUGAAGGAGGC